AUGGAGGGUGAGCAGGAAAUUCAUAGUUUUGCCUCCGAAAACCUUCGCAGGUCGUGCGUGGGAAGAAAUUGUCAAAAGAAGAAGGGCGUUCGCUGGUUCUCACUAGUACUCGUUGGCUGCUUUCUUCACUGCGCAUAUACCUCUGUUUUAUACGUCGCACUUGGGCGUGAUGGGGCUGAAACAUCAAAUGGAGAUGUAUUAAUCUUUCCAGAUAUGGUCAGAUACAGGAGGUUGACACAUUUUGAUGUUGAAACGUUUGUUGAAGAAGUUCUUGUGAAGGAUGGAGAAUGGCUUCCUGGAACUCCUGAAGCCUUAAAAACUUCAUAUGUAUUUGUUUGUUCACAUGGAUCCCGCGAUCGCAGAUGUGGGGUUUGUGGACCUGUUUUGGUGAGUAGAUUCAGGGAAGAGAUAGAAUUACAAGGUCUUCAAAAUAAAGUGUUUGUUAGCCCAUGUUCACACAUUGGGGGACAUAAGUAUGCUGGAAAUGUUAUCAUAUUUGGAUCAAGCAUCAACGGAAAAGUCACUGGACAUUGGUAUGGGUAUGUUGCUCCAGAUGAUGUGUCUGUAUUGCUUCAACAACAUAUUGUAAGAGGGGAGAUUCUAGACUCACUGUGGAGGGGCCAGAUGGGUUUAUCACCAGAUGAGCAGAAGAAAAGCCAAGACCAAAGGCUUCAGCUGAAAGAAAGCAUGGAAGUGCUUAAGCAGAUGAAGAAUGAUGAGAUAAGCACUGAUGUGUAUGGAAAUCAAGAAGACAACUUUCUGGGCUGCUGCCAAGAGAAUGGAGACUCUUCCUGCUGUCAAAACUAUGUGUUACAGGAAAACACAAAUGAUUCUGAUGCCAUUGAAACACAGGCGAAUUUCCCAGCUGAAAAUGAGAGUGGUGAGGCCUUGAUUUCGCAAUUUAAUAGCAGAAAAGGAGCCUCCCGCAAACUCCGUCCUUCCGUGCCAACUUGGCUUGAUAGCUGGGAGCAUGAAGAUACCUAUGCUGCACUUGCUGUUGCCUGUGCUGCAGUGUCUGUUUAUUUUGCCUAUAGAUGCUACAAACAGUUAAGAGAAACCAACAAUUGAUUGACUCUUUUAGCAAUAUGGAUUAGGAUUAGGUAAGGCAACUUCAUUUUAAUAUUUUUGUAUAUCAAUAUGAUGUCGCAUGAUGCUAGUGCGGUUCUCUGUAAAAUCAUCCUCAAUUAGACUUGAGUGGAAAGUGUGUGAGCUUAGUAAGCAAAUCAGUUAUGUACAUAUUUAAAUUCUCCCUUCAA